AUGGAAAUUGAAAAAUGGAAAACUCAAUGCAGGUACCUUCAGAAUGAAUUGGAUUCAAUGAAACAACAACUAUCAGAUGCCAAAGAUCUAAUUCGAUUGAAUAAGGAAUAAUUAAAAAUUUGCUAUAAUCCAUAAUAAUUUGACUAAAGUUCAGAAUGUAAGGCUGCAUUGGUGUUACUAAAAUUUGUUUAAGAGGAAAAUGUGGUCUUAAUGAAAAAAAUAGAAUAGUUAAGCGAUGAAAGAAACCUAGCUUUUGAUAAAGUAAACUAAUUACUGUAUGCGUUUCUAGGCCUUUAUUUCUGAGCAAAUCAAUGAAUCAAACUAGAGAGUAGAAUCUUCAUUGAUUAAUAGUUUAAACAGAACAAUCACUGAAUUAAAGAAGAAGUUAAAUGAAUAGGUCUAGAUGUCUAAUGAAAUGAUGGGAACAAUUUAUUUAGAAAAACAUGUAGUUAUCACAAUUAUUCCCCCUUAGUUGGCUCAACCAGAACAACUGACAUUGAAUUUUAAUAAUGUAAUUUAAUAGAUGAAUUCAAUGCUAUUGAAAUAGAAAUUACAAAUAGAAGAAUUAAUUGAAUAAAAAAAUGAUUUAGCACAAUUAAAUUUUAGUUUAUCGAAUGAAAUUCUAAAAAUGAGAACCCAAAGAUUCACCCCUAGAAAUCAAACAAAAACAUUUUGUAUUAAUAAUAAUUAAUUUAACCUAGUUAGUUAAAAUGAGGAUCCAUCAAAAUUCAUUAAUAAUUUAGUCUAAUGUAAGUAUUUAAUUUCAAUUUCUAGUGUAAAAGAGAUUAUUUUUUGAUGAUGAUUCAUAAGAUGAAAAGAUGCAUAUGCAAUAAUCAGCAGUCUUUUCUCCACUUUUCUCUCCAACGUUGCCGCAGAAAGUAAAGAGACAAUUAAAGUCACAAUUACCAAAAGAUCUUAAGCAAGAACCUGAAAAAUACAUACCAAAACUCGACUUAACAAAGGCCUAACAAAUAUAAUAAUUCAAUAUCAAACGGAUGUAGUUACUUGCAAAUAAAUUGGCUAAUGAAGGGGUUGAAUAGAAAAUUUAUAUGUAAUUGUAUAAUUCAAUUAUUUAGGUUAUAAGAUGAAUUACUGAGAACCAAAAAUAAAUAUCAUGUCUAAUUAGUAUUGAAUUAACAGCUGGAUUUAUAAUUAACAGAGUUGAACCUUCAGAUGAUGGAAUUAUAAAAUGUAAAUGAAACCUUGAUCAAGUCAAAUCAAAUGUAUGAAGAAAAAUGGUCGAAUAUCUAUUAAUAGUUUUCAUUUUAUAAGGAAUUUUAUCUAAAGCAUAAGGAUUAAAUUCAACAUAAUCUUUAAUCAUUUGCUACUUCUGAUGAUCAGCAAUAGUUUAGUGCCUUUGAAUUUGAGAAAGUAUUGAACUCAUCGAAAAUAUACAAAAAGAAUCCCUCCCAAAAGAAUUAUGUUAACAACAAUCCAGCUAUUAGCAUAAUUAAUUAUUAGGAUGAUGUGAAUUAGUAAUCUUCUUGUAGGCUUCCUACAGAUAGGCAAGAGGAAGUGAAUAAAUUCUUAACUUAAUAGUAUAAAUGUUGUUUAAUGAUGAUGGCAAAGGAAGUUAUCUCUUUGGAUUGUUAACAUGUUAAGCCAGUUUAGACUAAUAACAAUAAAGUUAAAAUAAAAAGAAGCUACAGUAACACCAUAGAGUAUUUUCCAGUCUUUUGAUGCCCCAUAGGUUUAUAUGUUAUCA